UGUACUUCUAUCUCGCCUUUAUCAAGGACGAAGUUUUCACGUUUUUUCUUAGAUCUUGGUUUCUGUUAGCCGUUUCAUCCGAUUAUAUCGUUGUAAUCCUGUAGAUCGUUCUUCGAUCUACGUUUUGGUUAUGGAUUUGAUAUGUUCCGAUCAGUCGAUCGCCACCGGUUGUUGCAGUUACCGAAGAUUAAGAUUCCGAUCCGCCGUUUCAGAAGGAUGAGGUUUGAUUUGAAGAGAAGAUACAUUUGGCGAGAUGUAUCUGGUGGAAGAGGUCAGAGGCUAGAGAUUGAUUUACUGAGAGCACUCAUAACACAAUCAAUACAACAUCAAACGCUGGAGAUCAAUAUCGAGACUGUAUUAAGUGAUAUGCAGCUUGUGCACUUGAAGGGUUGGGAGUGA